UAUAAUAUCGGCACUUGUUCUCCUAGUGACCUUAUUAGUCCUAGUGUUAUUAUGUUCUAUAAACCUUGCUUGCAAAAAAUGUAUUGUGCUUGAUUACGCUGUAAAUAUUUUGGAUGAUUUGGAAUAUAAAUAAGAGGUUCGUUGCAUUCUGCAUUUAAACCAGAAUUAUUGUCUUUUGUAGUUUAUUAUCUAGACAUUUCCAGUAUGAAGGUCACUUUUGUGUUACUAGUUUUUAUCUCUUGUGUAAAUAUGAUAUAUUCUCGACCAAAUAUUUUUAAAUUCAAAGAUGCCAAAAGAAUCCAUGCCGAAUGUCAAGCAAACCCCGAAUCACAUGUCAAUGAGUACCUGGAACAGCUUCAAGAAUUGGAACCGAUUGUGGUUCCGAAUAUGGCGAGGCAUACCCUUUGUACGAGCAUAAAGGCUGGACUUCAAUACGAAAACGGCGAUAUUGCAGUUGAGAGAUUAAGAAGCGACUUGGAAGAAGUUUCAAACGACGAAGCUAAAAUUAAAGAAAUUGUUGAUACCUGCGGCGUGCGAGCACCGGGAAGCCCUGAAGAUGCAGCUAUGGCUUUUGGUAAAUGUCUAUGCAGUCAUUGGUCUCAACAUGCAUUAUGUGUGUGCAGCACAUAGUAAAAGGAAAAAACAUUUUUUUUGUAUAUAAAUUUAUAUUAAUAAAUUCAUGGUAUUUUGCUA